GAAUUUAAAAGGACGGGAAGUUCAAAAUACUCUAUAUUCACGUCCAUGGAGGCUCCAGGCCAACGUUUGCUCUUCCAUUUUCCUUCUUCCUUACUCCCUUUUCAGAUGACAUUUUCUUUUAAACCAAUCAAAAGCUAUUUCAAAGCCUGCCCAUGAAGCCUGAUUCUUCAAAGAUAAUGGAAUGGCAAGGCCUGUGCUGCUCAAACAAAUCGUGGGUGCUCUCUCCUAUCCUGAUUCCUCGCCGUUUGCGAAGCUUUUGGAUUCUUGUCUGCGAUCAAAGUCUGUGGGGGAUACUCGUCGCGUCCACGCUCGUAUUAUCAAAUCCAAAUUUUCCUCAGAGAUCUUUAUACAGAACAGGCUUAUUGAUGUGUAUGCAAAAUGUGGUUUUCUGGAGGAUGCGCAGAGAGUAUUCGAUAAAAUGUCUGACAAGAAUGUUUUCUCUUGGAACACGAUUACAACCGCGUUAUUGCAGUCUGGUUUUCUUGAUGAGGCUGCAAGGAUGUUUAGGUCAAUGCCUGAGCGUGAUCAGUGCACAUGGAAUUCGAUGGUGUCAGGUUUUGCUCAGCACGAUAGAUUUGAUGAUGCUUUGUAUUAUUUUUAUAGGAUGCAUAGAGAGGAUUUUGUCUGCAAUGAGUAUUCAUUUGGUAGCAGCCUAAGCGCUUGUGCUGGUUUGAAGGAUUUGCAAAUGGGUUGCCAAAUCCAUGCUUUGAUAUUGAAAUCUCGGUACUCGUCAGAUGUUUAUAUGGGCUCGGCUCUUAUUGACAUGUAUUCGAAAUGUGGGUGCGUGAGUUGUGCUCAAAAAGCUUUUGAUGGAAUGAUUGAAAGGAACUUAGUGUCUUGGAAUAGUUUGGUUACAUGUUAUGAGCAAAAUGGCCCAGCAAGUGAAGCUCUCCGGAUUUUUUCGAGCAUGAUGGAUUGUGGGUUUGAACCAGAUGAGGUUACACUAGCCAGCGUGGUAAGUGCUUGUGCAAGCUUGUUAGCAAUAAAAGAAGGUAGGGAAAUUCAUGCUCGUGUUGUUAAACACGACAAGUUUAGGGAUGAUCUUGUCUUAAGCAAUGCAUUGGUCGAUAUGUAUGCCAAAUGCAGUAAAAUUGAUGAAGCUAGAAGUGUUUUUGACAGAAUGCCAAUUUGGAGUGUGGUGUCUGAAACCUCAAUCGUAAGUGGGUAUGCAAAGGUAGCUUGUGUGAGGACUGCGAGAUUAAUGUUCACAAAAAUGAUAGAGAAAAACAUAGUAUCUUGGAAUGCGCUUAUCGCUGGAUAUAUACAGAAUGGGGACAAUGAAGAGGCACUUGGACUCUUCUGCCUCCUAAAGAGGGAAUCUGUCUGCCCGACACAUUACACUUUUGGAAAUCUUCUGAAUGCUUGUGCAAACCUUGCUGAUCUGUAUCUUGGCAGACAAGCUCAUGCUCAUGUCCUGAAGCACGGAUUUCGGUUUAAGUCUGGUGAAGAAUCUGAUAUUUUUGUAGGGAAUUCUCUAAUAGACAUGUAUAUGAAAUGUGGAUCUGUUGAAGAUGGAUACCAUGUCUUUACAAAUAUGUUGGAAAGGGAUUGGGUUUCGUGGAAUGCUAUGAUAGUUGGAUGUGCUCAAAAUGGUUAUGGGACAGAGGCUCUUGCGUUAUUUAGAAAAAUGUUGGUAUCUAGGGAGAGACCAGACCAUGUGACUUUGAUUGGUGUUCUUUCUGCUUGUAGCCAUGCUGGGCUCGUCGAAGAAGGGAGAAAUUACUUCACGUCCAUGAGCAAGGAUUAUGGUUUAUCACCAUUGAAAGACCAUUAUACUUGUAUGGUUGAUUUACUUGGUCGGGCUGGAUGCCUUAUUGAAGCAAAGAAUUUGAUAGAGACCAUGCCAAUGCAGCCUGAUGCUGUUGUAUGGGGCUCUUUGCUUGCUGCUUGUAAAAUUCAUCGGAAUCUAACAUUAGGGAAGUUUGUGGCAGAGAAGCUCUUAGAAAUAGAUCCUACCAACUCUGGACCUUAUGUUCUUCUUUCUAACAUGUAUGCAGAGCUUGGUAAGUGGGCAGAUGUUGUGAAAGUAAGGAAAUUAAUGAGGAAACGAGGAGUUGUCAAACAGCCAGGCUGUAGUUGGAUUGAAAAACAGGGUAAAUUAAAUACUUUCAUGGUGAAAGAUAAGAGGCAUCCUCUUACGAAAGCCAUAUAUUCACUGUUGAAAACACUUACAAAACAGAUGAAACUAGCAGGGUAUGUCCCUGAUGCUGAUGAUCAUGAGGCUUGGGAAGAGCACUCUGAAAUUGUGUCAAUUUUACAUCACAAGAUGAAUUUUCCGGAUGAUGCUGAUGUCGGGUAAUUUUCUGGGAAUUGUUUCAGUGCUCUAUUUAUUAUUUUCUCAUUUAACAACCUUUGAUAAAUCCUUUCCUUUCAUGAAAUGAAUAGAGGAAGAAAUUUAAGGAA